AUGCAAGCGGCGCGGGGCGGCGUGGGGCGGCCGGGCCGCGGGCCCAAGUGCGAGCGCCAGCGGUCGCCGGGCACCGGAGCCGCGUCCCCCUGCGCCGCCCCAGACCGGCUGGCCGGAGCCGCGGCCAUGCACCUCGGGCCGCCCCGCGCCACACUCCGCCUGUGGCUGGGCUGCGUCUGCCUCGCGCUCGUGCAGGCGGACAGCCCCUCUGCCCCAGUGAAUGUCACUGUCAGGCACCUCAAGGCCAACUCCGCGGUGGUGAGCUGGGAUGUCCUGGAGGAUGAAGUUGUCAUUGGAUUUGCCAUCUCUCAGCAGAAGAAGGACGUGCGGAUGCUGCGCUUCAUCCAGGAGGUGAACACCACCACCCGCUCGUGCGCCCUCUGGGACCUGGAAGAGGACACAGAGUACAUCGUGCACGUGCAAGCCAUCUCCAUUCAGGGCCAGAGUCCGGCCAGCGAGCCAGUGCUCUUCAAGACCCCGCGAGAGGCGGAGAAGAUGACCUCCAAGAACAAAGACGAGGUGACCAUGAAGGAGAUGGGGAGGAGCCAGCAGCUGCAGACGGGCGAGGUGCUGAUCAUCGUCGUGGUCCUGUUCAUGUGGGCCGGCGUCAUUGUUCUCUUCUGCCGCCAGUACGACAUUAUCAAGGACAACGAACCCAAUAACAACAAGGAGAAAGCCAAGAGUGCGUCAGAAACCAGCACACCUGAGCACCAGGGCGGGGGUCUUCUCCGCAGCAAGAUAUGAAACCUUUCCAGUGCUGGCUCUGAGCAGCGCCGAAGACAGACAGUAGAGGAUGUGAGAGGAUCUCAUGGUUCUGAUGAUGAUUAUCCAACAAACACCUGGCCCUCUCUACAUUUCCUCCUCCCUGCACCCUAAACCCUCUGGCGUUCCGUCCUGUCUCUUGGCUUCUCUCUUUCUGGCACAUUUUCCUGAAGCCUCUUAUUAACCCCCAUCUCCAGAAGCACCUCAACAACGUCUGUGGCUGAGGCUGUACUGAGAGGCAGAUCUGCAGGAUGUGAGAACCAGCCAGCAGGAUGGCUCUGCGGGGGUGGACUUGGUACCAGGGACGGUGGGUCCAGGACCCGGGCUUGGCCAUUUGCUGAGUGCAGCUGAAGGCUGGGUUUGGAAAGGCCGAGACGAGACACCAGGCAGGGCUGCUUCCUUCUCAUACUCUCUCUGCUUCCAACCUCACAAGAAGUCUGUUCAGUUAGCCCUGGCCACUUCUCUCAUCUUCCCCUCCCAGUUUUCAAACAAGCUCUCGGUGAACAUCAUCGAAGCGUGACCCCCUGUCUGCAGGGAGAAGGAUUUUUCUUCUCUGCUGGUCCCCAGGUCCACAGGCACAGGGAGAGGGAGGGCCGCGGUGGGGGGAGGUGCAGCCAGCUGCACCCUUGUCUCUCCCGCCAUGUCCAAGUCUGGUGAAGGAGGCUGAACUACAAACCCAAAUUCUGCAAAAAAUAAACAAGCCGCACCACUCAAAGGCCUGGCCCCAUUCUGUAAAAGGCAAAGCUGCAUGAGACACGGCCUCCUUUCUGCCUCUUCUCGUCUCCUGGACUGGAUUUCUUCCUGAGAAGAUGCACAGACUUCUGGGAGAUGACGGGAACCUAGACUGACCGAAGCUGUUGUUCAGACCAAGGACCCCCAGGGAAGCCACGGGGCCACCCGCCGGCAGGGUCACGGCUGCCAUCAAGCCUUCUCUGGAUCCAGCCAUCAAGGACUCGUUUGUGGUGUGAGGCGCAACUUUGUGAGUGUGACAUGUUACCUGAUUUGUCUCUUGGAAAACACGACCGAAGGGCUCCACUCCAGGGAAGAGAAGGGCUGCCCGAGCUGGCUGCCUGCAUCCUGGCUUCUCUGGCCCUUCCUUUGACUGUAGAACCGUCAGUCUGGGCCUCUAAGAAGGAAAAGUUGAAAGACACCUGGAAGGUAUGGGCCCCAUUUCUUCUUGAGGAAAAUCUCUCAGAGUUGUUUCAACGCUAGCUUGGACAACAGAAAAGGAACAUUCCCACGGGUCAUCCUGAGGACCGCUGGACCACGAACACUAGUGGGAGCUGCUGGAAGGCAGGCCUGGCCUCUGGGGUCUCCAUAUCUUGCCAUCUCAUCCAGGGUUCUGUGAAAGCUAGCCAGGGUCCUCAUGUCCUUCCCUAGAGCCUGUGUGGUGUGAGGUGACAGGUGUCUCUCUCCACUGCCCCUUUCCGGUUAAAAAAAAAAAAUGGUGCUUGAUGAGGGAAGACAGACUCUUCUCUAGACAAGUUACAGCUGCUGAGUGCCUGCACGGGGAGAGACGGACCUCUGCAUCUUCCUGCAGUGGCUACAGGCAGGAGUGUGGGAGGACUGCGCCUAGCACAAGCGUGGCACACAGUAGGUGCUCUGUGAAUACCUGUUGAACUGAAUAAGAGCAAUAGCCCCCAAGCCAGAGAGCUGCAAGCCAUCACCCAGUGACCACCCCUUGCUUCCGGUCUAUAAAAGCUCUCCUGGCCGGGCCAGCCACCAGUCUGCAAUGCCCGAGUGUGAAGCAGAGGGAGGGAGGAGGGACAGGGGAAAAGGCAGAUGUUGGCAAUACUAAGGGCUUCCUCAUGGGAGGGCAUGAGGCUUCACUCAUUGUCUUGUGACUUCCAUCCCUGCUGAAUGGGGCUGCAAGGCCAAGGCUCCUUAGGGGAGAGGUCCUUACCUCUGAUCCAGUUCGAGCAAUAACCACUUUUUAAAUGUAAAAUAAAGAGACAAAUGAAAAGGCA